GGUAAGUGUUAUCUACGACUUAGUGUCGAUAUGCAGUCGAUCGCAUCAUCACGUGACCAUAUUGACCGGCGUGUCGUGUGUGCCGGACGUUUCUUCGGUUGUUUUGCAAGUCCCAAGCUCCUCAAGAUUCUCUCGUCGAAUCCCUAAUGUCUUUUGGAGGCUGACAAAAUUCUAGUAAUGAUUGGUUCGUACGUGUUGCAUCUAGCAAGGAACCAGGUACUGGCGUCGCCAUGUCGCCUUAAUCCUUGGAAUCGACCUGUGCACUUCAAUGCCAAAUUCCUGUUCGUCCAUGAACAGUCGAGACACGUCCCGUUGGCGCAGAUAUCUCGGGUUGCUUUUGCGCGACAUUAUUCUACGCAACCGCAGCCGAAGGAGCGGUCUAGUAUAUUUUCUCGGACAUUGCCCUCUGCGCUACAGUCUGGCCCCGCUACCGGCUCGUCUCUUCGCAAAGUCAUCUCGCUUGCGAAGCCAGAGAAAAAACCACUCCUCUUCGCCGUCUUCCUUCUGCUGGUCUCCUCAUCCGUUGCCAUGAGCGUGCCAUUUACGAUUGGGAAACUGAUCGACUAUUUCUCGACCGAGAAUCCGAAAAUACCCUUUGGACUUACGACGUGGCAGGCAUCAGGGAUUCUUCUACUAGCCUUCACGACAGGCGCUGUAUGUAAUGCUGGUCGUUCCUUUCUCAUGCGCAUGUCAGGUCAGCGCAUAGUCGCCCGUCUACGAGAGAACAUGUAUGGUGCUGCACUGAGGCAAGAGGUAGAAUUUGUCGAGAAGGGGGAGGGCGAUGUUCUAAGUAGACUCGGUGCCGAUUCAAGUAUUGUGGGUGAAAGCGUGACAAACAACCUCUCUGAUGGACUUCGCGCAAUCGUAAUGUCUUCUGUUGGGCUCGGAGCCAUGUUUUAUCUUUCCCCGAAACUGACCCUUCUGAUGCUUGGAAUUGUGCCUCCUGUUUCACUCGGAGCCGUAUGGUAUGGCCGUUAUCUUAGGAAGUUGUCGAAUCAAACUCAGGAAGCCAUGGGUGAGAUGACGAAAGUUGCUCAAGAAUCCCUGUCAGGACUUCGGACAGUCCAAGCGUUCAACGGGCAUGCUCAGGAGCAGCAGAAGUUUCACGAACAAGUAACUAAUGUGCUCAACCUCGUACGCAAAGAAGCCAUCGCUAGUGGGAUUUUCUUUGGAAGCACGGGCUGGAGUGGCAAUGUCACGAUGCUUGGCUUGCUAGGAUAUGGUGGAACGCUGGUUGCGCAAGGCGCAAUCACUGUUGGCGACCUCACUAGCCUACUGUUGUAUACGGUCUACGUUGGCAGUGGUCUUCAAAUGCUCUCCAUCACCUCUAUAAUGCGUGGAAUCGGUGCAGGCACGCGGAUAUUCGAAAUUUUAGAUCGAAAGCCUGCCAUACCCCCUAAUCAGGGCAUCGAGCUGGAUCCCUCUCGAAGGGGCGUUGUCAAGUUUGAGAAUGUUGGAUUCGAGUAUCCAAGCCGGAGAGGCGUGGUAAUCCUAGACAAUUUUAAUCUUGAAGUCGCCGUCGGAGAGAGUGUAGCAAUUGUAGGAAGGAGUGGUGGCGGGAAGUCGUCUGUGCAGUCGCUCCUCUUGAGAUUCUACGACCCUGUGCGUGGAAAGGUGACCUUUGAUGGUCAAGAUAUCAGGGAGUUUAACCCCAAUUCCUGGAGGAAUAUCAUCGGAAUCGUUCCUCAGGACCCUAAACGGCCUGCUCGGGAGGCUAACUGUGACUUUGUUUGGGGAAUGCCUAAGGGUUUCGACACAGAAAUCGGAAGGUCGAGUUUGAGUGGCGGACAGAGACAGCACGCCACGUCGGAGCAUCGGGUAAACGAUGCAAUUGACAAAAUCCUGCGAGACCGUCAGACGACAUGUCUCAUCGUUGCCCACAGAUUGUCUACGAUCGCACGCGCAGAACGCAUCGUUGUGCUUGAAGACGGUCGGAUUACCGAAUCAGGCACCUAUCGCGAACUUGUGGGCCGAAAAGACUCGAGGUUCCGGGUAUUGAUGGCCGCACAACUCGGUGCCGCAGAGGCUGGGUUGGCUCCUGAAAGCCUUUGACCACCAUCCUCUCUCCACUCACGCGCUCUUCUCCGCAGAAGUUCACGUUCUUCAAUCAGCGGAUAGCGCAGGUACAUUAGACAGACGGAGUGAAAUGGAUAUAGUGAAGGAGAGAAGGAAUUUUACAAUGGUCACCAGCCUAGACUCAUCGUUUGCGUGGGUCUUUGGACAACACAGUACUAUAGAUUGAUGCACCCCAGUGUACUAUCUCUACGUAUGUAUUUAUCCGCACGUUAUAAUUCAACCCAUCACUCA